AGGGUGCUGGGCGGAGUGUUGCCUGGUUCGAGGGUGUCGCCGCGAGGGUCGCAGAUCAUCGUCAUCGAAUAUGCCAAGGCGCGCCCGGAGCUCUUCAGGAACUGGGCAUGCUUUCCCGACGAUGUCGAGAUUUACGAAUAUUUGGAUGGCACCAGGCAUGUGGAGAUAUCUGAUAUGCUGGAGAAGCCGCCGGCGGGGCGCGGAAUUGUGCCCCCGGACUACGUUUGUCCGUUUGUACUGAUCCCAAAUAACGAGGACUGGGAGGACCUGCAAAAGCGCCCCAUCACGAGGCAGCUGUUGAACGCUUUACGAGACGCCGGAUUCCUGGCGUCCUUUGAAAGCUGCCUUGCCGUGCUGGCAGGUCCGCAAGUGGAUUGGGCUGCCGUUGAGGACCAGAGGAACCUGGAGGAAGCAUUGGACUCUGGCGUUGUCGACACCACGCCUUCUACCACUGUGUCUCCCGGCUUUUACGGCCACGGCAUCUUCGACCUUACAUCUCCUAUGACAAACGAAUCCGGCAUAGUCAAUACUACAUCUCCUGUGACGGAAGACUACGGCAAUAUUGAAACUACAGCUUUCGAAACAGGCGGCCAGGACAUGGUUGACACUGUAUCUCCAGACACACGUGGCGUUCGCGCCACGACUUCGAUGCUCAAUCAGUACAUCGACUCUUGUCGAGUUCAACCGGCACCACGGCGGGAUGCCGAGGGCUGGAUCGACUAUGGUUUGCGGUAA